AUGGUUUUGUGGGUUGUCAGUGGGGAGAGGUUGGCUUGACUACCUGUUUGAGGCCAAAUACUGCUCAACUGUGUCAGAGUUAGGAACACGUUUCAGCGACAGAAAAAAACACACACACACCAGAGCAGAGGCCUACUGGAUACUAACCGAAAGAUUGAUAAUUCUAAGAUUUCGACAUCAUAUUUCUGCUGAUGUUUCUCAAACGUGUUGCUCGAAAGGAUAUUUAUGGACUCCAUACAUUCAAGCGAUGAAUGAGAUGGUUUUAAUAUUCGUCUCUGCGUUUUAUCUUUACAAAUUGCAGUGUAUUUAGUAAUCCCUAGCUGUUCGGAAAACACAUCGAAAACCUUUCCGUUUAAUCUUGGCGUAGGCUCGUCAAGAAUUUUACUAAACAAAAUUGACACGCCCUACUUACGUGAUCCAUGAUAUAUUAUACAACUGUGUAUAUUAAUAUUAAGUAGGCCUACAGCAUUAGUGAGCUUAGAGACUUAAAACGUUAUUAAGCAAUUGGAACUUUGUUCAAUUUGAAUAGUGGUUCCUCAGAAGUGGGCCGAGCCUGCUUAGUGUUCGAAAAAAAGCCAUUGAAAUUGUGUGUGGACCAAGGUUUGGUCGAUGAUAUCAAGACACCAAGUGAAAUGUAAUGGUGUUUCCGAAGUGGUCCUGUCGUCGACAUGUAUGCUGUAGAAUGAUUUGGUUUUCUGCCAUUCCGAAUUGGAUCGCCGUCGCUACUUUAAUCACGGCAUGCCUGGGAGCAGGGAGAGGACCUUUGAGUGGUUAGUACAUUUUCUAUGCAGUUUUGUUCUUGCGAUAUAUAUAUAUAUAUAUGCAUGUGUAUAGUUUGUCAAGAGUAAUUAUUAUAGAGAGCUAGAUGAAAAGUUCAGAGGUGUGGUUAUCGUUGGCAACGACUGUGGCAGGAUCCAGACAAACAUGUAGAAAGAGAUACACAAAAUUCAUAGGAGUAUACCAAGUGCAGAAUAAGGAGGUCACCUAACUAUAAUUAAAAAGACAGUUCUGUGGGUCCUUUAGGACCACUGCUGAAUUAGCGUGCCUGGAAAUGUCAGUUAUCUGACCAGACUCAUAGUUUUUGUUGUUGUUCUUCGUCUAUAUUUUAAUAAAAUAUCAAAGUAUUGAUCAUUCUGGCUCUUAUGUUUUAGUGUUUUUUCAACAUAGAUGGAAAGGUGUAUUCACCCUUAAAUGUUGUGACGCCCAUGAGUGAUAAUUAAAGCUGUGACGUAGUACUUGAUUAAGACCUUUGGGAGUGACUACCUAUAAAAAUAGGUGAUGACUUUCCAAAAAAAGACAAUCCACUUUUUGUCACAUUCAGUUAAAUCAGGGGUCUCCAAACUGCGGCCCGCGUUUAGUUUUUCUACUUCCGUAUACAGUCAAUUAAAUGAAACUAUAUAACGCCAUCUAGUGCCGGAGCUUUGCCCGCCGUGUUGCAGAAAUGGGUGAAAACAUUGUAACUCAAAUAGUGAAAAAUGAAAGAAAGUUUCGCCAAUUUUUAAUUGCAAUUGAUGAAUCGCUGGACAGCUGUUCCACCUCUCAACUGCGUGUGUUCGUUAGAGGUGUGGAUGAAGACAUGAGCAUAACACAAGAGCUGACUUCCCUAAAUAGCAUGUACGGAACUGUUACCGAUGAGUUGAACAAAAAUAUUUGCUGAUUAUAACUUGGACUGGACUAACCUCAGUUGCCUGACUGCUGAUGGAGGAAAGAACACGAGUGGCUUAAAGAAAGGCUUGGUUGGUCAAGUGAAGCAGAUGUGUAAUGAGAAACAAAUUCUGCAACCAAUGUUCCUGCACUGUAUUAUUCACCAGAAAGCUUUGUGUGCUAAAUAUGUGGACAUUAACAGUGUCCUGUUAACAGAAGAAUCCUGUGGUGAAGAGGGUCAAUUUAAUAAGGUCACAUGGGCUCAACCAUAGACAGUUCAGAGACCUGUUGAAAGAUACAGACACAGAAUCUCAAAAUUUACCAUAAUACAGAGCAAAAAGAUGGAUAAGUUGUGAGAAAGUUCAGAGCAGAGUAUUUAAGUCAAGAAAGGAAAUAGGCUACUUCCUGGAAAGUAAAGGCAAGCCACAUGCAUUACUGUUUGAUGAAGAGGGGGUAUGGAAAAUGGCCUUUGCUGCAGACAUAACUAGUCAUUUAGAUUUUCUGACCCUAAAACCACAAGGAGAAGAAAAUCUAGUUUCUGAUCUAUACACGCACUUAACGGCCUUCGGUUCCAAAUUCGACUUGUUAAAUUCGACUUGUUUUUUGGAACAAGUACAGGCCAAAAAUCUGACGCACUUUCAGCAGUGGACGGUCUUCAUGGCUUAAGCAACAGCGGAGAUCUCAACCUCAUUUGUAUGCGAGAUCAUCAAAGACAAGGCUUCAGUUUCAGCAGCAGUUUUCAGACUUAGAUUUAAAGGUAGAAGAAGUGAGACUUUUUCAAAACCCAUUUGAAGCAGAUGUGGCCAGUAGCUCAGAUAAACUGCACCUGGAGGUCACUGAGUUGCAAGCAAUUGACCUCCUUAGGGAUAAGUUCAAAGAAGGACUGGUGGGUUUUUACCAGUUUUCGCCCAAGGAAGUCGUUCCUAAUUUCAAAACCUUUGCAUCAAGGCAUCGUUCAAUCUUUGGAACAAGUUACCUGUUUGAACAAACAUUUUCAAGAACGAAAUACGUGGAGAACAAUUUGAGAACAAAUGUGUCCGAUAAUAAUCUCAGGUCACUGUUGAUGUUAGGAACAUCAAAUCUAAAUCCAGCAAUGUCUGCAAAUCACUGCUAUUUUGGCACCCAGUAAACAAUUUCACCAUUCCAAAUCAAACAGGUGUUCAUGUGUCGUGUAUGAAUGUGUUAUUAAAUAAUAAAUGAAUGAAAUAUAAUACAUAACUAAAAACAACAUCCAUGUUUUGAUUAUUUUUUAUAUGGACCUCGAGUGUGUAGUCGGCCCCCGAACUGCUGUUCGAUAGUUAAUGCGGCCCUCGGGCUGAAAAGUUUGGAGACCCCUGAGUUAAAUGAAUGUCUAUGGAUAUUGCAAACAUCAACAUUGAUUUUUGACCACAUCAAAUUUGUCAAUGACCACGAUCACACUACAUUUUUUGUCUUUUGUGACCAAGUUCACACUACAUUUGACUCAUUUGUGACCCCGUUCACACUACAUUUCACUCAUUUAUCAAAUUACUCGUUUUCUGCAGCAAAAUUUUGUUAUCCUUACAUCAAAUGCAUCUCUCUACUGUCAUACUCUUAUGAUUGUUAUUACGUUUGUACUUAGAAGCCCUACACCCAAAAACAAAAAGGCGCCACAAGGUUUGCUGUCAUCCAGUUCUGGCAUACUCGUACAGUCACCCACUUCAGACGGCCCCCCCCCCCCCCUUUCUCCUUCCACCCCCAAAACCCGAUCUGCGCCAAGUGAUAGUUUGUACUUAGAAGCCCUACACCCAAAAACAAAAAGGCGCCACAAGGUUUGCUGUCAUCCAGUUCUGGCAUACUCGUACAGUCACCCACUUCAGACGACCCCCCCCCCCUUUCUCCUUCCACCCCCAAAACCCGAUCUGCGCCAAGUGAUCAUCAAAGAGAUCAAACAGAACCUAUUUUAGUAUUGUUUAUACAUUUAAGUUCUAAAGCAACACGGGACAUGGGAUGAAUAAAAAAUGUGAUAACAGCGUUUUAAAAAAAUGCUACAAACUGACUUUUUGUUGAAAUAUAUUUAACUUUUCAUUAAAAAUUCCCUGGUCUUCAAAGCUGUCAACAUGUCAAUUCAUUUGAUCAGAAUCAACAUUCUUCACCUGACAAGAUCAAAACUGACAAAGUCAAUUUUAAUGAAAUAACCCAUCAAAAUGUUUGGAGUAGAAAAAAAAUAUGUAAUAACCAGCUACAGGGGGAGGGAAAGGGAGGGGAUGGGAACAUAUGAAAACAAACACCAGCGUACAGGUAACGCACUUGAUACGAAUCCCAGUAAGUGCCCCCCCCCCCCAGGCCCCCAAACCCACUUCUUUCUUUCCCCCCCCAUGUAAUAACCAGCUACAGGGGGAGGGAAAGGGAGGGGAUGGGAACAUAUGAAAACAAACACCAGCGUACAGGUAACGCACUUGAUACGAAUCCCAGUAAGUGCCCCCCCCCCCAGGCUCGCAAACGCACUUCUUUAUUUCCACUCCCCUGAACUAUAUUUACGUAUCCGGAAAUUCGUUUGAAAGAAAUUUGAUCGACGAAAAUUUGAUCACGGAAAUUUGAUCAAACUGAAAUUUGGUCGAAUCUUUUUUUUAAUCUUUUUUUUGUUUUACUAUAAAGUAUAGUGCGUUCAAAAAGAAAUGCGACGCAAUUUUUAACGUAUGAACUGAAAAAAACGACCUGGUUGCUUUCAACGAAAAGGUCAAUGACCUGGUUGUUAUCAACGAAAAGGUCUACGACCUGGUUGCUGGGGACAUCUUGUUGGGAUCAUCUUGUUGAGGACAUCUUGUUGGAGACAUCUUGUGUGGGACAUCUUGUUGGGGACAUCUUGUUGGGGACAACUUGUUGGAGACAUCUUGUUGGAGACAUCUUGUUGGGAUCAUCUUGUUGGAGACAUCUUGUUGGAGACAUCUUGUUGGAGACAUCUUGUUGGGGACAUCUUGUUGGGGACAUCUUGUUGGAGACAUCUUGUUGGAGACAUCUUGUUGGGGACAUCUUGUUGGGAUCAUCUUGUUGGAGACAUCUUGUUGGAGACAUCUUGUGUGGGACAUCUUGUGUGGGACAUCUUGUGUGGGACAUCUUGUUGGGGACAUCUUGUUGGGGACAUCUAGUUGGGAUCAUCUUGUUGGAGACAUCCUGUUGGAGACAUCUUGUUGGAGACAUCUUGUUGGAGACAUCUUGUUGGAGACAUCUUGUUGGAGACAUCUUGUUGGAGACAUCUUGUUGGAGACAUCUUGUUGGAGACAUCUUGUUGGAGAAAUCUUGUUGGAGACAUCUUGUUGGAGACAUCUUGUUGGAGACAUCUUGUUUGGGGAAAUUUUGUCAGGGACAUCUUGUUUGGGGAUUUUAGGGGGAUAUGUUGUUGGGGACAUUUUGUGCGGGGAAUUUUGUCGUGACAUCUAGUUGGGCAUAUCUUGUUGGGGAGAUCUUGUGCACGACAUUUUGUUGGAAAAUCUUGUUGGAAAUCCUUACCUCUCUUGGCUCUGGAAGGAGGACUUGGGUAUUUUCAUAAUUUCUAGGGAUACUCUGGCCAUGAUCUUUUUUGUUUCUGGGCGAAAUUUGCCUGACACACAUAAGUUGUACAGAAGAGACACUGUGAGAAGAAAAAAAUAAUCUCAAUGUAUAGCACUCAAUGUGAUCAAAAUAAAUAAGAUGAUUAUGCAUACAAAAUUGAGAUAUCUUGAAUAGCUCUAAAAGUUGAGCUGACAGAAGACAGCGUUUGACAUCUCUUGGUAACAGUGGGUGAAACAUAUUCAAAAUUAAAUCUAACAUUUACGGCACGAAAAAAAGCGUGCUCACCUUUAUGACCAACGAACACAAACUUUAAUAUAUUAUUUACAUAUUUAUAUCUCUGGUUCGCUUCAUAUAUGAAAAUUCUAUUCAUAGUUAGAUCUCUGGUUCCCGUAGGGCUAUACAUAGAUAAAAUUCUAUUCACAGUUAAAUUUCUAGUUACAUUGCACUACGCAUAUGAAAUUCUAUUCGCGGUUAUAUCUCUGGCUCGCAUAGUACUAUACAUAGAUGAAACUAUAUUCACAGUUAAAUCUCUGGUUCGCAUAGUGCUACAUAUGUGAAUGUUAUUCACAGAUAAAUCUCUAGUUCGCAUAGAGCUAUACCUAGAUGAAAUUAUAUUCACAGUUAAGAUUCUGGUUCGCAUAGUGCUACAUAGGUGAAUUAUAUUCACAUUUAAAUGUCUGAUUCGCUGAGUUCUACAUUUAUGAAUUUCUAUUCACAGUGAAAUCUAUGGUUCGCAGAGUGCUACAUAGGUGAAAUUCUAUUCAUAGUUUAAUCUCUGGUUUGCAUAGUGCUACAGAGAUGAAGAUCUAUUCACAGGUAGUCCUAAAUAUUACUUUUUUAGCUUUUAAAUGGACUUAGAUUGUAUUUAAUGGAUGAAACUAAUCGGUUAUAGAGUUCAAGGAGUGGGGAGUGUAAAAAUAAACAACUGUUACAAAGUGCUCAAACUUUGAUAACAACACAGAAAAGAUGUAGGGUUCUCAAGAACUUGACUUCACUUUCUCCUCCAACUCCUUGUUGCCAGAGACCUGGCAGCGCUUCUUCUUACAAAGAUGAGUAACAUUUGGCUUGAGUGAUGAAGCAACAGAGACCCUCAGUAUAGCUUAAAGAUGCUCAUCAGUAAAUUUGGCCAUGAAUUUUGACUUUUUAAAGUUCAUAGUGGAAAAGAGCUUUUCACAGAGAUAAUUACUCACUGAAAGGCACAUGAUCGGGUUGAAAAACCUGGAUAUCUCAGGGAAGGUGGAAGGCAAUGCUCUCAUAAAUUGUCCAAGCGUGUCUGUUUUCACAGAUCAAUCAGCUCCAUAUAAAGUGCAAAAAGAGGGGGGGGUGUGGCAUCUUCCACAUUGAAGGAGGAAGGGUCAGCAAAAGUUUGAAAAAUGUCUUUGGGUGUUUUGAAGUCUGCAAACCUGUGAUCAAUUCUUCAUGUAGCUUUCCAAGGGCAUCAGUAUACUUACUACUGAAUUGUGUGUCAGAGUCCAAGAGUACUUUGAAUGUUGGAAAAUGGCUUAGGCUUCUCUGAGAAUCAUGACACGAGUUUUCUGCAGCAUGCCUUGACAUUUUCAUAGGCAACAUUGACAAGCUGCCCCUGGUCUUGUAAUUUCUUGCUGAUUAAAUUCAGCUCCUGUGUAAUAUAAACAAGAAAAGCCAAGUCCAUGGGCCAUUUGGGAUCACUUAGUACAGGAACAACAACCUCAUCAUUCUUUAAGUGGGAUUUAAUGCAAAAACGUGUUCAAACGGUAAGCAGGCCUUAUUUAUGAAUUAUUGAUGCGAGGUAAGAUGCUAUGGUAGGUAUAAUAAAUUUUGAUUUUUUUUUUUAUAGUUUAAAAGGCCUUUUUAACUUAUCCUAUUUUGAAAGUGACCAAGCUGACAGGCUCGGAAUUUCCCUCACUCGUAAACACUAGCGGAAAUUUUAAUAGGGAUUGUUUGGGACAGAUUGUUACGAUUUACCCAAAUAUGGUACUGAACUACCCGCUAACUUACUUUUUAAACUUUACUCAAAACCGCAAUUUGGCCAUGUUUGUCUCAAAAAAUAAAAACUUUAAAUCUGAUUUUUAAACUUUUUUUACCAUUAUAAUCAAUGUCCAAACCUAUACAAAAAUAAUACAAAUCGGAAUAAGACUAGUCGGUGAGAUUCGACUAAACCCGUCGCGGAAUGUCAGGUUAGAGAUUUGAGAAUGGGGAAAACACGUGGGCUGUAUUAACACUAAACUUUGCUGUCAGGUAGCAGGCCGAAAAAUGUCGUCUUGCUUGAGACCUCUGGUCUAAGGAGACACUCCCCUAAUUUGUUUAAAUUUCAAUGUCAAAAGGUAAAUUUUGGAGUAUAUUUGAAUGCAGUUUUCCUUUCAGAAAAAACACACUAUUUGUUUAAGGGAAGGAAUUUUUCAAGCUUUAGGGACAUUCGUUAUGGCUCCCAGUUCUAUACAUAAGCUGAAUUCACUCCAAAUUCAAAAUGAAGUUAUGUAUUUAGGCGCAUACUUGAUUUCGAUGUUGUUUUUUUCCAGAUAAUUUUUGGAGUUGGAAUUUCAUACUUUUGGGUGGGAAGCGCCGAAAGUAGCGAUAAAUGAUAAAAACGAACGACUAGUGCUAUUUUUAGAUCUACUAGAGCCCAACGUGAACUAAAUUCAUUCUAAAUGUUUAUAGUCCCCUGGAAAAAAAUAAUUAAAUCCUGAAUUAAGUUUUGCAACAUUCUACAUUUAAUCGGAAAUCAACGGAAGAGAUGCACUCUAUAAUUGUAGCUGUCACUUGACCUUAAAUUCUUCGUGUGCACCCUUCAAGCCCUUCAACCCCUUAGGUUGACCUGGUUGUGCUAUACCAAUGUAUUUUUUUCUUAUAGUAGUCAAUAGUAAUGGAUGUCUAUCUUUUAUUUAAAACAAUUUUGAAUGUAUGAAAUAAAAAUACAAAUAUUUUUCAAUUAAAAAUUCCAUUUCUACCACACAAAAAAACAACAGUUUUGCAUCGCAAAAAGGGAUUGUUUACAUUAUUUUACUCGAUGAACGCAAACAAACAACAGCUUACCUAUCAUAAUUAAAUUUUCUAAAUAUUUCUACGUUUUACCUGAGUCAAAAUUAUUUUAAAAAAAAAAAACUGUAUGGAUGAAAGGUCUAUACAUUUUCAAAGGAUUUAAAAACCGGACAGUUUUAUACACCGUUUAUGGACGGCAUAAAUCUGUUAAGAAGACAUCAAAUGUUAACAAAAGACAGCAUAGAGUUAAUAAUGUGUGAUUUUAUCUGAGGGAAAUCGUAUAAAAAUAAAGUAUACAGUAAAGCGUGCCAAAAGAGGGGGGGGGGGACAUUGUUUAUUAUACCAUAUUAAAAACAAAAAAUCUUUUAAACAUUCCAAAAAUAAAAGGCUUCCUAUUUUUAAAAAAAAAAAAAAAAAGUAAAAAGUAAAGCGGGGCAAAAGAGGGGGGGGGGGGACAUUGUUUAUUAUACCAUAUUAAAAACAGAAAAUCUGUUAAACAUUCCAUAAAUAAAAGGCUUCCUAUUUUUAAAAAAAAGAAUUAUUCAGAAAACUGCAUUACAAAAGUCGAGAGAUUAGCUUUAAACAUACGGAUUAUCAAAUAUAUCUACCGUAGCAAUGUGUCAUAGGUUCCUAUAAUUUUAAUGAAUUAAAGGCACCAGUUCCCAUCAAUUUUAAUUACUUUAUAAAAAAGAACCAAUAAAUGUCCGUUUUAUCGUUGUACAUAUUUUGGGAGUGAGGUUAAGUUGACUUUCUCCCCGGGGGCAUUGUACACCCCGUCACCGGUGACAUGCUUGAAAUAACAAUUGUAUGUAAUAAUAUAUGUAACGCUAUUUGGACUUAGAUGCGACAAAGGAUGCCUCCUUACUUCAUUUAACAAUAAUGCAUGACACAACAGUACCUCAGUGUGUCACAGAUAAUUACCGAGUUUUUUAUCUUAUCAACAAGGCAGUGCAAUCAAGUCUGUUUAAACCAAGUCUCUUUGUACAAAGGCUACCCUUUCUAUUUAAACUAUGCCUGUCUGUACAAAAGCUACCUUUUCUGAUUAAACUAAGCCUGUUUGUACGAAGGCUACCUUUUCUGUGUAAACUAACCAUGUUUGUACAAAGGGUAUCUUUUCUUUCUCGAACUAUUUCUGUUUGUACCUUUUCUGUUUAAACUAAGUCUGUUUGUACCUUUUCUGUUUAAACUAAGUCUGUUUGUACAAAGGCUACUGUUUCUGUUUAAACUAUUUUCUUCACGUUUUUAUCAGCUUCGGCCUGCUAUGGAAACACAAAUGAGUGGAUCCGGUUGGAGUGUGUUGAAGGUGAGAAGAUUAACGUGACGAAGAUCAUCCAUGGAGCCAAGCUCAAGAGUGACAACUGCCCGAGUCCUGCAGACAUCAGCACGUACAGGAGAGAAUGCUGCCUCCGAAAUGCGACCGUAAGUUUAAAAAAGAGGACAUUUUUACCUGUCAACUUGGCAUUAAUUUACAACUAAACUCCUAUAAUUACAAGCUGAGAAUACAUUUUUACUUGAAUAUAAAUUAUAAAUUACAAGCUGAGAUUUAAAUCACCAGUUAAGAUUCAAUCUAUAAGCCGAGAAAUUAAUUAUGGUAUUAGAAGUAAAUUAAAAUUUGAGAGAAAAACCAAAUUUGAAAGUGUCUAUAUUGGAGAAUAGGGAUACGUACAUUACAUACUAUCAGUAGCAUGCUCCCACAUGGGUAAGUGUUUGAUCCAAUAUACACGCAUCAGGAGCCGGCCUUUGUUACAUGCAGGAGCAAGGCUUAUCUUGGGGACGCCAGAUUCUAAAGAUGUAACCUUGAACCCAAACAAUAAGGGUUUACACCAUUCAUCGACAGUAAGUUUUUUUUCUCUCACAAAUUAAGAAUAUGAUGCCGUUGAUGGACUCUUCGCUGAUAGGCCUACCCUUUUUACAACAUACGUGGGGUAAUGGUAAACCACCAUGACUAUUGAAAGGAAAUAGUUGGACACCCCCAACCAAAUGUUUUAAAAAAUUUGUAACUGUUUGGAAACAACGGCAUUUAUUGAUACAAACAUUGUGUGAAAUAUUUAUUGAUUGAUCAUUUAUUUUUGACUGACAACACUAUUUUGAAUAAGAAGACCACAAAGAAAAUAUUUUGGUUGAAAAAUCUCAUUAGGACAUUUUGGAUAGCAUUGUACUGAGAGGUCUGUGUUACAGUGAUCUCUUCCUAUCGGGGCGGGGUUAGCGGGGCAAAGUUAGGGCCAAGUAAUACAAUGAUUGAAGUAUUUAUUGGCAAUGUAGAUUUAGAGAAUGCAGGUUUGGUGGAACGCGUAAAAAAAAAGGGGGGGGGGGUAGGGGAUUGAAACCCGUAGAAAUAAGAUCGUUGCAACACACAAGAGAAAAUGAAGAUAGUGACGCCAUUUAGGUAUAUUUAAUUGUUAUGUUAAGUAAUUUGUGUUCACUUAUUUUGAUUUUUUUUUUAGGACCUUAAAGACUUAAAGAUUAUAAGUUUUAUGCAAGAAGCACAAAAAAUUUGAAUAGAUUCAUAGACAAAUGUUUUUACGACAUACAGUUUACAGCAAUGAAGCUUGCAGACAGUAUUCAUGAACCAUUUUUUAACAAUCAACAAAGUUAAAGAGUUUUCGCUCGCAAGAAACCCAAGUUUGAUUAUGAUUCAAAUCUAUUGAAUAUCCUCUUUCUUGUUAUGGUGUUGAAAUGUUAAAAUAUCAUAACUGAUAUCGCUAUAAAUUCUUUGUCAGAAUGUUCUGAGAAAAUGAAAUAACAUAGUAACAGUUUUAAAGGGUUUACAAUAAAAAUAUCUUAGGCAGUGAUCAGUAAUAUAUUCGAAUUAUUUUAACAAAUACUAUCUCUUGUACAAAGGCUACCAUAUAAAAUAUAUGUAUUGUGUUAAGAAAUAUUAUCUACUGUAAAAAGUCUCUCAUGUAAGAUGUCUUAAUUGUGUUAAAAAAUAUUAUCUCUUGUGCUAAGGCUAUAAUGUCAGAUGCCCUAAUUGUGUUAAGAAGUACUAUACAUUUUACAAAGGCUACCUUGCAAGAUAUCUGAAUUGUGUCAAGAAAUAAUAUCUAUUGUAACAAGGCUUCCAUGUAAGAUAUCUGAAUUGUGUUAAGAAAUAAUAUUUAUUGUACAAAGGCUAUCUUGUAAAAUAUCUCCACUGAACGUCUUUACAUAAUUUUUAAGUUUUUCUAAAGUAUAAUUGAUUUAAAUAUAUAUAUGUAUAUAUAUAUAUAUAUAUAUAUAUAUAUCAGUCUAUAAGCCAGGAAAGUCUUCCAUCUUUUCUUCUGGCUACGCCUUUUCAAAUAAAGUCAUUUUAACUUGAAAUUGGAUGCGAUUUCAAUAUUAUAUAUCAACACUAAGUUAUAAUUAUGGUCUAUUGUUGAUACCCAAAUGUCAGGAUCAGACCCUGCUAUUUCAGGACUCCUAUAUUCUGUCUUCUCCAGCAGGGCUUUUUUAAAAUUAUUAACAGUUAAAUGUGUUGGAAGAGGUAGUGGUGCUAAAAUUAGAACUGCCUGGGGCGCCAACAUUUAGAGCUGCCAGGGGCGCCAAAAUGGCUAAGGCCGGUCCUGCAAGUAACACGCAGUAAAAACAAAACAACAAACUUUAUUGCGGUGGUCAACUUUGGUUACAUUAAUGAGAAACCUGGAGGCUGAUGGGGAAGACUCCCUUUAUGUCCUCACAUUCGUUGUUGGGACCAAAAUCAGAUGUAAGGCAUGGCUUUUGUAAUAAUUUUAGCACUAGCUUCUUCCCCCACCUCUCCCGUGAUCAUGAACGGCACAUUACAAGUCUAUUUUGGUUCUUCAUUAUCAAUCCUCAAGUCAUAAAGCUUAAAAGAGUGCUGUCAGUCCAUUCUCAAUGUAUAAUGACCACGAUUCCUACAAAUUAUAAAGUCUACGAAUUAUUACUAUAGGGAUUUCAAAUCUAAAGUCCAACAUAACGUGUGUAUUGUAGUAUAGCUAUAGGUAUAAAUAAAUUGUAUUGGUUAUGCAAUGUUACAAUUGUAUUCAAUAUUAAUGUUAUAUUUUUGAAAGGAUUGCCUGGUGACAGUACAGGACAGUGCAAGUGUGGAGUGCAAUGGUAAAGUCAUGUGUAGCGUCAAAUCGACCUGGUCAAUGGUCAGCAAGGAAUGUAACCAGGACAACUAUCUCGACCAUACAAACUACAUGAUCAUGGAAUACACAUGUGUGGGUGAGUACGUUCGAUUUUUAGCCAAAUGGCUAUGUACCUGUGUGUGCUUACAUGUCUUGGUAGGGACAUUAGCCAUUUAGCUACAUGGCUAUGUACCUGUGUGUGCUCACAUGUCUUGGUAGGGACAUUAGCCAUUUAGCUACAUGGCUAUGUACAUGUGCACAUGUACAAGUGUGGGUGAGGACAUUAGAAUCUCAGCUAAAUGGCCAUGUAUCUUGGUUGUGUAAAUUUUUUUGUAAAUGCGUUCGACGUUCAGCUACAUACAUGGCUAUAUAUAUGAGUUCACCAUGAACUGGCUAGGCAACACGGUUAUUAAAGCCGUGGAGCUUUGUGAGCCAGAGAUUUGAUUGAAAUGAUGAGUUCACAUACUUUGUGAAGACGUGAAGUCAUUGUUUUAGUUUUGCCAGGCAGUUAAUACACUGUUUGUUAAAGAUGUGUAGAACUAUUUCUGACACUUUUAAUUUUUUUGAAACAUCAGUGAUUUGUUUUGGUGCUCAAUUCUUUGACUGUGCUGCACAGUUGUUUGGAAGUUGGACUGUGUUCGACACACAGCCGGUAGUUGGAGCGUGCUGGACACACAGCCGGUAGUUGGACUGUGCUGGACACACAGCCGGUAGUUGGACUGUGCUGGACACAUAGGCAAUGCAUAAAGAACCCGGACUUUCUAACGUCUUAUGGUUGCUUUGACGGCAUUCUACACAUCCGAUAUUUAGGGCUAGGAAAAAGAAACGGAGUCCUGGACUCUCACCAUUUUUUUUUCUGCGGCCAUAGGAUGGGUUGCCCUACUCCUGGCCAACGAGCUCUCCGUCACAGUACGUUACACCACCAGUUACAUUAAUAAACCAGCUUUAUAGGUGCUUCUGAACGUGGGUGGUUCGUACCAAAGGCUUCACUGGGGCUGGUAUCAUCCGGUUGUGGUAAACUCAUGGUGUCCACCCCCUUGUUUUUUCCGUACUUCACCCGGCCUCUCCCCAACCCGACCUGUUUCGAGUAAUUCUUAAAAAAGGUCAAACAGAACCGGAUUUAGUCGUGUUCGUACAUUUAAGUUUUACAGCAACACAAGUCAGACGAAGAAAACAGCGUUUUUUUUUUUUUUAUUUGAAACAUUAAAUUUUACUGUUCAAACUUUACUUGCCAGGUCCUUAAAGUGGCAAAAUGUUAAUGCUAUUUCAAAAUCAACAUAUUUCACCUUAUCGCUUUAAAUUUUCAAAAUCAACAUUCGUUGCCUAUCACUUUCAAUGGAGAAAAUCACCUAUAAGAAGGCCACGACUGUUUCAUGGCUGAUAGCAAAUAGUUCUUUGUGUGUUGCAGUUUUGAAAAGCUCCUCGCACAUGAAGGCAUCUAUAAAUAGAUCGUGAUAAAAUCAGGCCAGCACAACUCAAAAUGUAAGGCGGGCCGUAAUACUGUAGGAAAAAUGUGUGCGAGCCGAAAGAAAAUAGGACAGGGGUUUAAAGCUAUUAAGAAAAUAAUAAUAAUAAAGAAUAUUUUGUUGCUUGGCGGGCCGCAAGGUGGGUGCUACUGGCCGCAUGCGGCAGCGGGCCGUAUGUUGUGUAGGUCUAUGAUAAUUAACUGUUCGCUUAAUGAUGCGAUUGGUGGCACCCUGUUCUGGUGGCACCCUGUUCUUGUGGCACCCUGUUCUGGUGACACCCUGUUCUGGUGGCACCCUGUUCUUGUGACACCCUGUUCAGGUGGCACCCUGUUCUUGUGGUUGCCUGCUUUGGUGGCAGCCUGUUCUGGUGGCACCCUGUUCUUGUGACACCCUGUUCAGGUGGCACCCUGUUCUUGUGGUUGCCUGAUUUGGUGGCAGCCUGUUAUGGUCACAACCAUUAUUCAUGGCACCCUGUUCUGGUUAUGAAAUCGACUCGAUCGAAUUCAGUUAAUUUGCAUGUUCCAUUAAGUGUCAACUCCCUUUGAGGGCAUCACCAGAUGUGGAACAGCCCCACCCAAUCCACACCAGAGAAGCCUGGGGUUCGAACCCCCAGAUGAUGCGAGGUGGCAUUUCAAAGGAUAUAAGGAAACAUGAUUCCAAGUUUACAUUAAAAUUAUUGGUUUAUACGGCACUUUCAUUUAUUGGAACAUGUUACGGUGAAUGUGUGCUAUGACACAGUUUCUGCUCUAUGUGCUAUAGCUUCCUUUGUCAUUAAACAAAUAAAUUAGAAUUCUUAUAUGGUACAAUAUCAAAAAUAAAUUUUAACUCUAUCUGGGGCAGCCGUACUUGGUCAUAUAAUUCAUGUGUGGGUGUGGGGGUGGGUGUGGGUGUUGGUGUGGCAGUGCAAUGUUAGUUGAAAAUUGUGUAUGUGUGCGGAGUAUAAAGAAAUUUUAGAAAUUCUUAGCUAUGGGAUUAUCCACAUAUAAUUUAAUAUAUCAGCUAAGUGUUUGUACAAAUGUAUGGGCUGGUACACUAAAUGUGUGGGUUGGUACACUAAAUGUGUGGGUUAGUACACUAAAUGUGUGGGUUGGUACACACAUGUGUGGGUUGGUACACUAAAUGUGUGGGUUGGUACACUAAAUGUGUGAGUUGGUACACUAAAGUUGUGGGUCGGUACACUAAAUGUGUGAGUUGGUACACUAAAUGUGAGAGUUGGUACACUAAAUGUGUGGGUUGGCACACUACAUGUGUGGGUUGGUACAUUAAUUGUGUGGGUUAGUACAAUAAAUGUGUGGGUUGGUAAGUAAAUGUGUGAGUUGGUACACUAAAUGUGGGGGUUGGUACACUAAAUGUGUGAGUCGGUACACUAAAGUUGUGGGGUGGUACACUAAAUCUGUGAGUUGGUACACUAAAUGUGUGAGUUGGUACACUAAAUGUAUGAGUUGGUACACUAAAUGUGUGGGUUGGUAUACUACAUGUGUGGGUUGGUACACUAAAUGUGUGGGUUAGUACAAUAAAUGUGUGGGUUGGUAAGUAAAUGUGUGAGUUGGUACACUAAAUGUAUGGGUUAGUACACUAAUGUGUGGGUUAGUACACUAAAUGUGUGAGUUGGUACAAUAAAUUGUUGGUGCAGUACAUUUUUGGGUUUGUACACUAAAUGUGUGAGUUGGUACACUAAAUGUGUGAUUUGUAACUUAAUGUGUGGGUUGAUACACUAAUUGUGGGGGUUGGUACACUAAAUGUGUGGGUUGUACAGAAAAUGUGUGGGUUGUACACUAAAUAUGUGGGUUGGUACACUAAAUUUGUGGGUCGGAACACUAGAUGUUUUGGUUGGUACACUAAAUGUGUCGGUUGGUACACUAAAUGUAGCGGUUUGUACACUAAAUGUGUGGGCUGGUUCACUAAAUGUGUGGGUUGGUACACAAAAUGUGUGGGUUGGUACACUAAAUGUACUAAAAAAGGUGGAAGUUUAUGUAUAUAAAUAUUAGUUUCAUUUUAUAACUUUUGUAACAUACAUGUAUGACUAAAGUAAAUUGUGUUUAAAAAUUGAAUCAAUUCCAAUCAAUUCUUACUUUUUAUUUUUACGAAACAAUUUUUGUUUCUGUUUUUUGCAUGACAAAACUGGACGCUGGAGUAACAUCCCCAAAGUAAUUUUAAAUUCUUGUUUUUAACAUCAACAUUGUGAUUCAACAUUUGUACACUGUACAUUCCUUGUGACAUCAACAUUGUGAUUCAACAUUUGUACACUGUACAUUCUUUGUGACAUCAACAUUGUGAUUCAACAUUUGUACACUGUACAUUCCUUGUGACAUCAACACUGUGAUUCAACAUUUGUACACUGUACAUUCCUUGUGAAUCAACAUUGUGAUUCAACAUUUGUACACUGUACAUUCCUUGUGACAUCAACAUUGUGAUUCAACAUGUGUACAAUGUACACUCCUUGUGACAUCAACACUGUAAUUCAACAUUUGUACAUUGUGAUUCAACAUUUGUAAACUGUACAUUCCUUGUGACAUCAACACUGUGAUUCAACAUUUGUACACUGUACAUUCCUUUUGAAUCAACAUUGUGAUUCAACACUUGUACACUGUACAUUCCUUGUGACAUCAACAUUGUGAUUCAACAUGUGUACACUGUACACUCCUUGUGACAUCAACACUAUAAUUCAACAUUUGUACAUUGUGAUUCAACAUUUGUACACUGUACAUUCCUUGUGACAUCAACAUUGUGAUUCAACAUUUGUACAUUGCACACUCCUUGUGACAUCAACACUAUAAUUCAACAUUUGUACAUUGUGAUUCAACAUUUGUACACUGUACAUUACUUGUGACAUCAACAUUGUGAUUCAACAUUUGUACACUGUACAUUCCUUGUGAAUCAACAUUGCGAUUCAACAUUUGUACACUGUACAUUCAUUGUGACAUCAACAUUGUGAUUCAACAUUAGUACACUGUACACUCCUUGUGACAUCAACACUUUAAUUCAACAUUUGUACAUUGUGAUUCAACAUUUGUACACUAAACAUUUCUUGUGACAUCAACAUUGCGAUUCAACAUUUGUACACUGUACACUCCUUGUGACAUCAACACUGUGAUUCAACAUUUGUACACUGUACAUUCCUUGUGACAUCAACAUUGUGAUUCAACAUGUGUACACUGUACACUCCUUGUGACAUCAAUACUGUGACAUCAACACUGUGAAUCAACACUGUGAAAUCAACACUGUGACAUCAAUACUGUGACAUCAUUACUGUGACAUCAACACUGUGACAUCAACACUGUGACAUCAACACUGUGACAUCAACACUGUGACAUCAACACUGUGACAUCAACACUGUGACAUCAAUACUGUGACAUCAAUAAUGUGAAAUCAACACUGUGACAUCAACACUGUGACAUCAAUACUGUGACAUCAAUACUGUGACAUCAAUACUGUGACAUCAAUACUGUGACAUCAACACUGUGACAUCAAUACUGUGGCAUCAACACUAUGACAUCAACACUGUGACAUCAACACUGUGACAUCAAUACUGUGACAUCAACACUGUGACAUCAAUGCUGUGACAUCAACACUGUGACAUCAAUGCUGUUACAUCAACACUGUGACACCAAUGCUGUGACAUCAACACUGUGACAUCUACACUGUGACAUCAAUACUGUGACAUCAAUACUGUGACAUCAACACUGUGACAUCAAUACUGUGACAUCAACACUGUGACAUCAAUACUGUGACAUCAACACUGUGACAUCAACACUGUGACAUCAAUACUGUGACAUCAAUACUGUGACAUCAAUACUGUGACAUCAAUACUGUGACAUCAAUACUGUGACAUCGAUACUGUGACAUGAACACUGUGACAUCAAUACUGUGACAUCAACAUUGUGACAUCAAUGCUGUGACAUCAACACUGUGACAUCAAUACUGUGACGUCAACACUGUGACAUCAAUACUGUGACAUCAAUACUGUGACAUCAACGCUGUGACAUCAACAAUAUGACAUCAAUACUCUGACAUCAACACUGUAACAUCAAAGAUGUGACUCAAUAUGUGUGCACUGUCUAUUCCAUGUCUUAACUAAAGACUUACGGGGAAUUGAAUUAUUUAAUUAAUUUCUAAAUAUAUAUAUAUAUAUGUUGUGUGAUUUAAAUCAAAUAAUGAGUAUUCAAUAUGUACACUAAUAUGUUUAUACGAUUAUGUAUGCACACCAGGCCCACCGACUUCGAUUCCCCCGGUCAUUAGCUCGACACAGGUCAAGGUCACUGAACAUGAUUUAAAAAAUACAACAACCUUCCUGAUUGAUGACAAAGUCAUUGAAACGUCCUUGGACAAUACGACGACCCCGAGACCAUCGACGAGAACUGUUGACGUGACGUCAGUGAAGACGACAACCACAAGCCAACCAGUCAGUGCCAAUGUCACGGCAACCACAUUGUCUUCUGGGACCAGUACGGUCUCCUUUGUGAGCAACACACAAAAGCACACGGCUACAUCGACUGAGAGCAAAGACGAGCGUAAGUCAUCGAUCAUUGCUUUUAAUUUCUCAUUAGUUUUUUAAAAAGUAAUAUUUAGUAGUGAUUGCUAGUUAGUUUGGUGUUUUUACUAAGGGCGCGUCCAUUAAUGACGUCAAGAAUAUUUACGCAAUUUUGACACCCCCCAAAUUGUCAACAUCUGUCAAACUUUCAAAGCCCCUCCCCCCAAGUAAUUAUAUCAACAUGAUAUAGCCCCAAACCAAAAAAAAAAAUGAAUCAUAAUAUAAAUAAAUAUAUAAAUACAUUUAAAUUGUGCUGAUAAAUAACACAUACAAUUGUUUAAAAGUUUUAAAACAAACUUAAAUUUUAAAAUCAAGAAUCAAUGAAAAGGUUGUUAAAGACUAAGUGUUAUUGUUUGUGGAAGUAUAAAUAUAAUUAGUUUUGAGAAUAAUGUAAUAACCGAUUUUUAAAGAUUAAGAUAAUUAUAGAGAAAAGAUGAUUGUUGACGUCAAUAAAUCUUCACGCCCUCCUUUGUACAGAACGGUCGAACAUGUCCAAACCUGCACCCCUACCCUAUUUGGUUGGCAUAAUUAUUGACGCCCCCUAAGCGUUCAUGUCAUGGAUUCAUUUUUUUCAUCAUUCAUUUCUUUUCUUUAAAAAAUGAUAAAGAAAUAUAGAAAAAUUAGAAGAGCCACCAUAAAAGCCCUCUUUAAUGUAUAUUUCUCGUUUCUUUCAGUGAGUGACGCAAUGGUAGGAGCCAUCGUCGGAGGUUCUCUGGGGAUGUUGUUUACUCUGAUGGCUUUUAUUUUCUAUUGGGGCAGGUGAGAAGUGAGGGGGGGGGGUUAGAGGGGCGGGGAAUAAGGAUUUAUAUAAAGGCCCAUAUUUUUUUACCAUGACUGUAUAGAAAAUGAAUUCUGAAAUUAAUAUGUUUGUAUAUAAAAAAGAUAAUAAUAUAAGGUUAUAAACUUAAAUACCUCAACCAUUUUUGUACUUCUUUUAUCCGGGUAUUUGCUACGGAAACCAUUAUUUUUUUCAAGAAGCAACACUGAGAUGUGGCUUUUACUUAAACAGUUUUCUGGUUUUCAAGUUCAUUGUGUACAUUAGAUUGGCAAAUAUCUAUUUUGAUCGUGUCUACAAAGUUCUGGUAUCCUAAAACUUGAUUUUUUUUAUGUCAGAUGUGUGCAGGAUUCAAUUCCCCUGAACAAAAGAAUAGUUAAAUGAGCAUGAGAUUACACUGUCUAUACAAUGUAGUCUCUUGAGCAUUCUUAACGUAAAACCUGACCUCGCUUGUCAAUAUCGAAGUUAUAACCAGAUUUAUCCAAGUCCUCCAAUGAUACCCGAAUUGACCAAGUACACAAAGAUAACAUAAUUAUAACAUAAGAGCAUAAGUCCACCAAUUAUAACGCUAAAUAACUAAGUCUACCUAAAAUAAACAUAUUAACCUACGCUACGAAGAAUAAACCUAUUUAUUUCAGUCCUAUAAGAAUACCUUCAUUAACCAAGUCCACCAAUGAUAACCCUAACUAACCAAGUCCACCAAUGAUAACCCCAAUUAAUCAAGUCCACCAAUGAUAACCCCAACUAACCAAGUCCACCAAUGAUAACUCUAACUAACCAAGUCCACCAAUGAUAACCCUAACUAACCAAGUCCACCAAUGAUAACACCAACUAACCAAGUCAACCAAUGAUACCCCUAACACCGUCCCACGUUUGACUUGUCUCCAGGAAACGUCGUCUUCGCAUUGUGGGCAAGUCUCAGCCCACCGUCUGGGAUUAUCUUCUCUCUCAGACCUUCACCGUCCGAGGGACCCGGGGCUACGACCAUUUCUCCAGUGUGCGGUCAUCUGUCAUGUCUGACAGUGAGGCUAACAGUCCGACCUCCAGGUCAGUUCACGAUUUAAAUUCUCAAUACUUGUAUGCCAAUAUACAAGUACAUUUCACAUCCUUUGAGACAAAUCAAGGCACAUGAUGAAUUUAGGGUGCAAGCGAAGGUAGGAGCCCAUCAGUUGUGAUCAGCUGUACGGACUAUAUGCCAUACAUGACUAACUUAGGUUGUGGUCAACUGUAUGGACCCCAUACCAUUUGUGGUCAACUGUAUGGACCCCAUACCAUAUACGACUGACUCUAAACCUAAGCAAUACAUAUAAAAAACAAAAAACAUACACAACUCUAGACACUGCACCUACAAACCUCGUUGACAAGUCUUCGGGAGGUAGACCCUAACAAAGAUAUUUAGAUUUAUUGACCUUUUUACACAAUUUGACACCAUUUGACACCAAUUGUCACCAUUUGACACCAAUUGACACUAUUGAACACCAUUUGACACUAUCUGACAGUAUUUGACACCAUCUGACACAAUCAGACACCAUUUGACACCAUCUGAUACCAUCUAAAACCAUCUGACACAAUUUGACACCGUUUGACACUCCAUAGGUUUCACGAGCUGAUUCGAGAACGCAUGAUUUUAGAGUAGAAUUGAGCCUUCUAAUAUGUUUAAGUAGCUUCGUGAUUUCACUAGCAUAGUCCAUUUAAAGGCACACACUCAUGUCACUAAGAUUUUACUUGUAAUUUGACAUUUGUCACAAUCUUUUUGGUCACAUUUGUUACAAACUUUCUGCUCAGGUGUCUGCUAAUAUCAACCACUUAUUUCACAGAAAAACCACAUGGCUCCCGAAUAUAGUCCACCGGGACAGCAUCCCGCGCGAUGACAGCAUCAGUAACUAUGACAACGAUGCGGACAGACAACACAGCGUGGAGAUUCAUCCGCACGCCACGCCCACGCCAUACGCCUUCCUGAACUUGUAUGUGGACCCCGGCAACCAGACCCACCACGACGCCUGAGUUUACACCCCCGAGCCCCCAGACCCACCGCGGCGCUUGAGUUAGUUGCCUAGCCUAAUCUCAGUGACUAGAUGUGGUUCUCGCACGCUUUUGGUCGCAUUUAAUCAAAACCGCUCCGGAACUUGGUUGAGGAUGACAUGGGCCGCCAGCAUGCCACAUUAAAAUGUCAUUCAGUUCAAGGCCUACGCCAGACUGACAAUGUAUAUUAUUCAAGAAAAAGGGAUGAACUUUCUCAUGACAAUGUUCCCCUGUGUUACCAUUCAUCGCUUUGUUUUACAGCGGCGACAUUAAAUUUGAACACACAUCAGAGAUCACUUCCAUACAUAUUCAAUUCAAUCAAUACGUGUACAACACAAAUAUUCGUACCUUUCUCAAGAGUCGUCACGCAGGAUUGUGUGCUCUGAUAUUUUGCAGAUAUGGUCUGUGUUGUUUGUUUUUCUGUUGUCAGCAAACAUGUCAUGCUGUCAGUAGACGUAUGUGUCUGUUGUUAGUUGUUAGCUAACGGUCAAAAUCAUUUGCAAAAUAUGUUUUCUUUUUUUUUUUUGAUAAAUGUUUCAACAUGACCAUUGUUUAGAUAAACAACUUAAAUGCCAUAUUUUCGUUAAUCCAUUGUUUCAUAUUUUUUCUGCUGCAAUGACAUUUGGAGACAUUUCAUUUAUUUCUGACGACAAUUAAAAGUGUUCGUGUUUUAUCUGAGAAGCAGCAAAUCUAUUGACUAGACUUGUAAUACAGAGGGCUUUAUAUUAACAUAAUUAAUAAAAAAUGGUUACUUAACCCAUUCGCUUUAUUUCCUGGCCAUAAACUGUACAAUGCAGCUGCAUAUAUUAAAAUACUUAAUAAGAUAAGAUAAGUUUUUUUUUAUUGAUUCACAUAAAUUGGAUUUUUUAAAUUACUUUGUACAUAUUCAUUUUCAGCACAAAAAUAAAUACAUACUUUUUUAACUGAGACAACAUUUUACAAUUACAACAAUUGAAACACACGAAAUCUAAAGUAAUUUUCUAGCGUAGAAAUCAGUCAUUAAUGCACAUUAUGCCAUUCAAAUAAGAAGGAAAAUGCAUCGCAUGUGUAAGAACCCAGAUAGUUAAUAUAUAAAUACAUAUCGAUCAAGAUAUUUGAUGAGGUAGUUAAGUGAUGAAGCUUUUGUAUUAAUUGGAGUAAUGCCAGACAAUUGUGUGAAGACGCUUGCCGUUAAUGGCGUGACAAAUAGAAGUAUAAAGUAAGUUAAAUCAAACUGUUUUAUUAAUUAAAGCAUCGAUCUAGACAUGUAAAAAAAAAUUAGUUAUGCUCUAAGAAAUUGUAUUUUAUAUUAAUUAUGGAUAACAGUACAAAGUGAUGUGUAAAGGAAUAGAAGACAUUUUUCAGCCAAAUUACGGAUAUAUAAUACGAAAAUAAAGAAACAUGAACAGAUGUGUCUUAACGCAAGGAAGCGUAACUCCGUUAUGAAAAGAGAAGAUCAUCUUCUCAAAAUAACUUUUCGUUUUAGUUUUGAAUAAAAAAUAUUCAAGAAACUAAAAGUGGUCCCUCUUCAGCCUGGCCACGCCAUGUGUUGUAUUCAUUUUUGGUGUUGUAUAUUCAGUUGAGCUGUGUUCACCCGUGCUUUCCGUGCUGUCAAACUUUAAUGCUGUCAGAAAAAAUCUGUGCUAUGAGAAGAACUAAGUGCUGUGAGAACUACUCUCUGCUGUGGAAGAACUGCGUGCUGUGAGGACUUUCUAGUUGAAAUCCUUAAUGACAUGUUUAUUCUAUACUAAUAGCAUUAUUACUGUAUGCAUUGAAACUUCUGAAGUGAAACAAUAAAAACUGUAAAAUGCGUAGACAUUGUUGGAGAAAGGAACCAAUAAUUAAAAACUAGGAUGUUUUGUGACAUUUUUAAAUGUUGAACAAGAUUUAUAUUUCAACAAUUUUUUGUGUUUAAUAUUAUUAUUUUUUUUAUGACAUGAAUCUUAAAAGAGCGGCAUUGUUUAGUUGGAAUACGUUCAAGUUAAUGCCUACAUUUCCAGAUGUGUUAAAUUGUUUGUCUUGUAAUCAGUUAUGUUUCACAGAGAAUCUCAAUCUCGCUCAAAGAAAUAUUUCAUUACUGCACGAGAUGCUGGAUGUAAAAGACAAAACCAAUGUUGAUGCAGAAACGUUAACCACGCCCUUCUUUGUAUUAAUGUAUGCCGUAAUAAGUACACAUUUUUUUUUAAAAUUACAUUUAACCACUCUAGACUUGAUGGAAUAGCUCUUCUAUUUCAAGCUUCGCAAAAAUCUAUUUAUCUAUUUUAUACUUUUCAAUGAUGUGUCGCAAUGAUCAAUAUCUUUAAUUCUCUAAAUAUGAAAGAAAAUUCUAUGUGAUGGUGAGUUUAUAGCCAUCAAAAUUCAAUUCCCGAAAGCUGCGCUAAAUGAGAUUCUUCAAAUACCGUACAUGGUGCGUAAAAUUUCCUUUUGUUUUAGGUCGUCUCAAUUUAAAUAUGAUGUAAUAAAUCUGCGGUAAAAAAGGGCGUGGGAAAUUAAACUAUUUAUAAAAUUCAGGGGCGUAGAAAACAGUGUGCCGUAGCAUAUCUUAUGGGUUAACAUUAAUUGGGCUCUUAUAAAUUGUGAUUACUUGAAUGAGUGUUUUGUCAAGGAUCUUUUGUGGAUGAAAAUUUCACGCAUUGUCGCCGCUAACAUUUGGAACACUAUAACUAGUAUUAUCUUUAAUACAUUGUACUCAAGUUAAUCUUGAAAUUAAGCGUCCUACUUUUUCAAAUGGGCCUUCUUGUAAAUAAUGCUGGCAUUUCUUGGUGUCAGAAAUUUGUUCAAUAAAUAUCAUUCUUCAAAUUUAUAGAAAAAGUUUUCUUUAAGCUUAAUUAUUUAUUUUUUUAAAUUUAAAUAGUUUUUCACCCAUAGUUAUGAAAGAUGUGGAAGAAUUUUCUUUCCCAUCAAGAUUUGUUCUGAUGUUGACACCUGUACAAGAUGAUCUACAUAGAACAUGAUUGUGGUAGCCAAUUCCACGUUAUCUUUAUUUAUGAAAGAUGUUUGUUUUACUAACUAGAGCAUCAAACGUUUGUAAAUAAAUAAUUUGUCUCUGUAGUAGGAUAUCAAGAAUUAUAAAAUUUGCUAAACAGUCGUGUACAAUGUUACAGAUUAAUUUAAUACUUACAAUGGUCUAUACUUAAGCUUGAUACAAACCCAUUGUCUUCAACUUCAUUGUUUUCUUCAAAUCGAUUUUGUUUGUGAUUGUAAUAUAUUUGUUUUAAAAAACAAGAUAUUGACGAGUUUUAUUUUUUUUUAAAUUG